AUGUCUGACUUUGAAGCCGCCGCCGCCGCCAUCAAGAACUGGAGCCCUGCCUCGUCGCCGUCCAACGACGACAAGCUUGCGCUCUACGCCCUCUACAAGCAGGGCACGGAGGGCGACUGCAACACGUCGCGCCCCGGCAUGUUUGACCUCGCCGGCAAGGCCAAGUGGGAUGCGUGGAACGCCAAGAAGGGCAUGAGCAAGGAGGCUGCGCAGGCCGCGUACGUCGCCGAAGUCGCCCGCCAGAUGGAGACGUACAAAUAUAGCCGCCAUUGA